UAUGGUGUAAACGGGACUUCAUUUUAUUCGUCUCUGACAUUGCAUAGGAUCAUGAAUGAAAGCGAGGUAACAACAAACGUGACCUACAAUGGUUCUAUGGUUGGAGACCUCGAAGACUGGAAUAGUCAAAUUGCCUCGGAUCGUCUACUUAACACAGUCAUACUAUGCUUAUAUUUGACCAUUGGAGUGGUAGGAAAUUUACUUGUAAUUUUCGUAUACAAAUCUCGCUCGCACAUGCAGACGGACAACCGUUACUUCAUCUUGUUUCUGGCGGAGCUGGAUCUUGGUGCUCUGAUAGCAGGAGUCACUUAUUCUCUGUUCCUAAAUUUUUAUUUUGUUCUCCCAAAAGAUGGAGCAGUAUGUAAGGUAUUUUCUUUCCUUCUUCAAACAGGAGGAGUUACGUCGGGGAUUGUAUUGUUAUAUAUCUCCAUCCAGCGAUACAAAUUGGUCUGUAGACCGACGAGGAGACAAAUUACAGCACGCCACCGAAAAAUUAUGUUAGCGAUCAGCCUUGCUGCUGGAGCCGGCCUGUCUGCUCCUAUAUCAGCGUUUUACGACGUUAGCGAAGUAUACAGUGAAGAAAGAAAUGUCACGGGGUUCGAGUGCAGCAUUGUAAAACCUACAGCUCUCCACAGUGUUAUGUUCUCGAUUUAUAAUGGUAUCUUAUUUCUAGCAACGAUUGGCAUACUGGUCACUAUGACAGUUUUGUAUACUUUCAUUUUGAAAUCAAUGAAGAAAAGAAGUGCCACAUUCAAAGAACGCGAAAGCCGACGGAAACAGCUACGAGAAAUGGCCGAUGCUAAUACGGGAGAUUUUUCCAGCGAGGAUCUUUUAAACAGUUCAUCCCAAGGCCAAACAAGUAGCAAUGGACUCGAAGUAAGAAAUUCCCAAUUCAUCCUGGUCGAACAUUUGGCAAAAGAGAGGCACCCGAGAUCCUCUAUGAUUAUCGAUAAAGAAGAUGGUACAAAAAGUCGAGACUCAGUCUGUCAGAGAAACUCCCGUAUCGAUACUCAAUCAAAACAGCUGACGAAACGAGGCAGAAAAGCUAGCUAUCAAGCUGUAAAGAACCAUUUUUCAACACAUCGAUAUUCUUACAUCUUUAUAUCGAUAUCAUUCUUUUUUGCGAUAUCGUACAUUCCAACAGUGAUCGUGUCUGCUAUAGAAUCGCGAUCACGAUACUUUUGGAUUAACCAAUCAUACUCUGCCCUUCAGAUUUUCUUGAUUCUGCGCAGGAUGUAUAUUUUCAACCACAUUGUUAAUCCAAUAAUUUAUGGCUAUUUUGAUCGAUCUUUUCGUAGGGAAGUGAAGAAAUUACUACGUAAAGUGUUGUGCGGUCUGGUGAAAACCGAAAAUAACAGUUUGUCGGACAAGACAAGUGGAAACCACUACUAAUCUUUGGGAUUAUGUUAAAUGAACUUUUAUCUUAUUUUGAGGCAUGAUGUUUAAGCCCC